AUGUCCCCAACACAAUUAGAGAUAAAAGUGAAAGCCUUGCAGAGAUUGGUCAAGGAAGAAAAGUACUACUUGCAAGAGCUGAAGGAUCAGAAGAAGCAUGUUGAUGAGCUGAAGGCUGACAGUUCAGUUGACAAGUAUGACCUGAAAAAGCAGGAAGAAGUAUUGGCUGACACUGAAAGAUUGCUACCCACAUUAUACGUUAAAAUAAAGGAGUUCCAGGAUAACUUGGAAGAAUAUCUGAACACAUACAAUGGUAACGAGGAUACAAAAGAAGCUAAGGAAGCAAUUGAAACUUCGAAGAAACUUCUCUCUAAGCACUGA